AUGCGUCUGAUCAUCCGCGAGGACCCCGCCGCCGUCGGUGAAUACAUCGCCGAAUAUAUCUGUAAACGCAUCAACGACUUCGGACCCACCGCCAAGAAACCAUUCGUUCUUGGCCUCCCUACCGGGUCAUCGCCGAUCCCAACUUACAAAGUACUCAUCAGGCUCCACAAGGAAGGCAAACUCUCCUUCAAGCAUGUUGUUACAUUCAACAUGGAUGAAUACGUCGGCCUCCCUCGCGAUCAUCAAGAAUCUUACCACACAUUCAUGUUUCGCGAAUUCUUCUCGCAUGUGGAUAUUCCACCGUCGCAGGUCAACAUCCUGAACGGAAACGCGAUCGACUUGAUCGGCGAAUGCAACGCUUAUGAGGAACGCAUCAAGUCCUACGGCGGUAUCGAACUGUUCCUUGGAGGCAUUGGAGAAGACGGGCACAUUGCUUUCAACGAACCAGGUUCUUCCCUGGCUUCUCGGACACGAAUCAAAACACUGGCAUACGAUACUAUCCUCGCCAACGCACGUUUCUUCAACAACGAUAUUUCUGCUGUUCCUAGAAUGGCUCUCACUGUUGGUGUCGGUACGGUCCUCGAGGCCCGAGAGGUCGUCGUCGUUGUAACAGGCCAAAGAAAGGCGCUGGCAUUGAGCAAGGCUAUCGAAGAGGGCGUGAAUCAUCUUUGGACCCUCUCUGCCCUGCAGAUGCACCCAUGGGCGCUCAUUGUCAUAGAUGAGGACGCGACGGCUGAAUUACACGUCAAGACUGUCAAAUAUUUCAAGUCCAUUGAACGUGUCCAGGAGGAAGUCGAACGAAACCAAGCCGAGCUGAAAGCAAAUGGCGUAAAAGGGGCAGGCGUGGCUGAGCAGCAGGUUGGAAGUAUGGAAUGA